AUGGGCUCCUCCGCAUCCAAACCGGCGCGGUCAGCUGCCAGCACCGUCUCACGACGCCAAUAUCCCAAACAGCCCUCCGCAGCGUCCAGGACGGCGCCACAAGUUCCUCCGCGAGAACCAAACCUCUCACAGCCACUCCAAGCUCAAUCGCAAGCUCCAUCACUCCCGAAGGAACAAGCUUCCACAACAAAAUCAGCGGUCAUCGAUCUCGACGGCCGCGACCCCGACUUCGCCGCUUCCCUCCGCUCCAUCGGCCCCGUCGUCCCCAACCCUACCUUCUCGCGUACGAGCACCUUUAACCCCGGUCCUACCCAACGACAAAACCCAAACCAGCCCGUCUUUCCGACAGCGGCGAAUCCGGCGCUCUUGGUGCUGACUGCGCGGCAGACGGCUGCUAAGGCUGCGCAGGAGGAGUCGGAGCAGAUUGGGCGGCCGGGGUUUGCGGGGCGGGAGUUUGUGGAUACGUGGACGAUUAGACAGGCGUUGACGAUGCGGGAUCGGCAGGGUUUGAGUCUGGGGGAGAUUGAGGGGAUGUUGAGGUUGAAGAAGGGGGUUUUGGGGCGGUUGGGGGCGAAGGGUGUUGUAGGGGAAGUUGGUUGA